UCAUCACUCACAAAGGUCAACUCGGGAUUUAACUUAUGAAGACUUCCCUAUAGAUCAUCAAAUCAAAUCAAAUUGGAACCACAAAAAGCUCUACUUUACUUUCUCUUCCCUUUCAGACAAAUUUAUCACAUCCAGUCUCAAGUCAAUUCACCUUCUUUCCUCUGUUUUCUUCACAUCUCCUCUUUGGUCGAAACUGUUAACUUCUAGGGUCCAUCAGCUCUUAUAGUUCUGUGUAAAUCAUGUCUGAAGAAGUGGUCGCCUCAGUCGAAAGCGUACCUUCAGGUAUGGUUGGCGGUAACCAAUCCCCAUCCGAACAUGACGAAAACCAACCUCUCGAGACGCCUACCCAGGAGAUUGAAAAAAUCACCGAUCUAGAAGUAAAGCCUGCUGAAAACCCUACGACACCGACCAAGGUCAUGCCGAUCACAAAGCCUGGAAUCGCUGCUGCCAUUGCUGCCUUCGAGAAGCACACGGGCGACAAGAAACCAUUGUCAAAAACGACCGCCGCGCCUUUGAAAAAACCUGCCGUGCCUGCUGCUCCAGCUACUGUCAAGUCACCCACCGCCGCCAGAACUGCCAGGCCUACUGUGGGACCCGCUGCAGUCACUAGCAAGCGAAACUCUCUAGUCGUCGGUCCGAAAGCGCCCGCCACGACCACCACAUCAAGCGUUGCCAAUGCGUCACUUGCCAAAUCGACAUCCGCCGGCAUGAAACCCUCAACUACGGUAUCGUCAGCCGUUCAGAGUAACAAACCCAAUCCACGGAUUUCGAGUGCCACCCGAACAAUCAAUUCUGAGGUUGCAAAUAAGGCAUCAACCCAUGACAGGAAUGCUUCAACUUCUACGCAGAUCAAAUCACCGCCUGCCCCUGCAGCUCCUACUCGCAGAACUAGCGCUGCUCCUUCAGUCACCAGAGCCCCUAUCAAGACAGCUGCCAGCAAUGGUACCACCGCGACUGCCAAGAGACCAACCACUGCUACAGCUUCGGGAGCAGCCGCAAAAUCUACUACCGCGGGCUCCAGCUCAGCCGUAAAACGACUUUCUCAUGCACCCGGUGUGACGGGGACCAGGGCCGUCGCUACCAAUGGCGCCCACGCAGCCGCAAUUUCGGAAUUGGAAGCUAAGCUCUUGCAAGCCGAAAUAUCUUUGGCUGAAAAAUCGAAACUCUUGACGACCGUUGAAGGACAAUUGGAAGCCGAUGCCAAGACGGCUGCAGCCGCCCAUGAUCAAUUGAAAGCGGAAAUACAGGCCCUAGAGGCUCAACUCGCAGAGGCCAAGGAUCAAUCGGGAUCGAAUGAUGAUCACUCGGCCGAACUUGCGGCUUCUAAAGCUGAUUUGGAAACUGCUCAAGCUCGUGUUGACGAACUCACCAAAGCUGUAGAAGCUCAAAAAGAGGAACACGCACAGUCAAUUCGCCAACAUUCAGAAACUGCUACGCAGGUUUCCGAACUACAACAGACGGUGGAUAGCCUGAAGGAAGAGAUCGCCAAAGCUGAGGAGAAACACGCUGCUGCGCUUGCCGAACUCUCUGAACAACACGCUCAACAACUCCAGGAGAAGCUUGGCGCCUUGCGGGAAGAGCUUGACUCUGGGAAUCAUGAUGUUGCAUCGCGACUUGAAGCGGCCGAGACGCGAGCGAAACAGGUUGAAGAAGAAGCAGCCGCCAAAUAUGCCAACGACCUUGCUCAAGAGCUUGCCAAAGCUAGCAACGAAUCUGGCGCAUCGCACACUCAAGCAUUAGAGGAACUUGAAUCCACACAUUCCGCUCGUGUUCAAUCUUUGACUGGUGAACACGAAUCUGCUUUGAAGGAACUUCGAGAGAGCUUGGAAUCUGAACUUGCCUCAACUCGUGAGAAAUUACAAGCUUGGGAAAGUGAUCGAGAUGCUAUCGUCAAGGAACUCGAAGAAAAGCAUACCGUGGCGCUUGAGAAGGCUACCGAAGAAACCCGCUCGACUGCCGAGGAAGCUCAUCAAGUCAAGCUGAGCGCUCUGCGUGAAGAGCUCGAGCAAGCCAUUCUCGCUCUGAAGAAUGAGCUUUCUGAAGUUCGCAACGCCCAUUCUGCACUCCAGACUGAGCGUGAUGAAUUGCAAGCAGCUUUAGCAAGCUUACGCCAAGAAAAGACGGAACAAGAGAAGGAUCUUCUGGAGCAAAUGGAAGCCUUGAAAGCUGAACAUAUGAGCAAACUUAAAGAAGAGUUCAACCGAGCCCGAGAGGAGUUAGACAGCGGUCAUAUCGAACAGCUGAGAGGUUUUCGUCAAAGUUCUCAAGACACAACUGAGCAACUCUUAUCAUCUCACGCGGCUGAAUUGGAAGCUACCAAAGCCGCCUUGACAUCUGAUUUUGCAUCCGAACGAGUCAAGAUUGAAUCUGAACUAAUGCAAGUCAAACUCGAGCUGAACGCUAUUCAAUCGGAUCUCAACGCUACCCGAUCCACUAACACCGACCAGUUGACCACUAUUGAUCAAUUGACUGGGGAACUUGAGAAGACUCGAGCCACAUUGAAACAUGUGGAAUCGGAGGCAAAGGCUCAAACAAGUGAUUCACAAGAAAUCUCCUCACUUCGAGAAGCCCUUCAAAAUGCACGAGAAGAAGGAGAACAAACUCGUUCAGUAUUUCAAGCUACUACUGAGGAUCUAACCACUAAGUUUGAACAUUUCCGUGAACGACAUGAAGCUGAAGUGAAGCAACAUAUCGAGGAAAAGACAAAAUUGCAAAAAGAGUUGGCAGCGAUGGAAGAAGCAAGUCAAGGAGAAGCUACCCGAAUUGAAAUGCAACAAUCGAUGAUUAAUGAGUUUACUGAAGAGAUUCAACGAGAAAUAAGUAAACGACAAGCAGUUGAAGCAGAGGUAAAACAAUUAAGAGCUUCUAAUGGUGGAACGGCUACUGGCACGAGUGCUAUUACAGAACGUAAACUUACCGAAUUACAUGAAGCUCAUAAUGCAAAAACAGCCGAAUUACAAAAGAAAUUGGAACAAUAUCAACAUAUGGCCACGAUGGCAGAAGAAGAAGCAUCAGAAAUGAGACAGAAAUACGAACUUUUAGAAGACUUGAUGCAUAGACAAGAAUCACAAGGAACUCAUCAUCAAAAAGGAGAUGAAAUUGAAUAUGAAGGUGAUACAACGGUUGAUCAAAGUGCUAUACUUCCUAAAGAGAAAACAUUAAAUUUAAUUGAUAUGUCUUUUGAUGAGGCAUAAGUUUAAAACAAUAAUCUUUCCUUUGUCGGGAAAUUCUGAUUUUAAUUUUGUUUGUUUUUCCAUCUUUUGAUCUUUAUCAAGUUAUAAAGGGGUACUUUAUUUUAUUUUUCUGAAACUUUUUGAAUUUUUUGAUUUCACACAUACAUGAUUUUUCUUUCGUGGUUUCAAACUCAAACUUGUGAUAUUUGGUUUCUUUAACUUUUCUAAAGAAUCAUGGAUUUUUCAUUAUUUGGUUUUGGUCUGAUUGGCUUUGUGUUUUGUUGUGCCUGUGUUAAUAACUUAAGGUUUUGAGGGUUUUGCUUUUACUCUUUCUUUUUUUCGUGUGCAGCUCAUUUUUUUAGAUCACGUGAAAUAUAUUAAAAUCUGAAUCAUUUCAUA